CGCGCGCGGUCGCACCGCCUCCGCCCGCAAGAAAGAUGGCAGCGGCCUGAUCCGGGCCCGUUGACGGCGUCACCGGCGCUUCGCUCCGGUCCUCGGAUCCCGGGCGCGGGGAGGCAGGCCGCCGUGAGCCGCUCGUCCCAGCCUGUAGCCGUCCUGGGGACACAGAGCCCUCCGUGGUGCCUGGGGCUUGGAUUGGAGCCAGGACCUCACUUCCUCCUCUGCCCCUGCCCCUGCCCCUCCCAGCACCUGGCCCACACCCUGCAGCCCACCCCAUGGUCUGGUCCUGGGUGGCGAUGGCGUCCAGGUGGGGUCCCCUCGUCGGCCUGGCUCCGCGCUGCCUCUGGCUCCUGGGGGCGGUACUCCUGAUGGAUGCGUCAGCACGGCCUGCCAACCACUCGUCCACUCGAGAGAGAGCGGCCAACAGGGAGGAGAACGAGAUCCUGCCCCCGGACCACCUGAACGGGGUGAAGCUGGAGAUGGACGGGCACCUCAAUCGGGGCUUCCACCAGGAGGUCUUCCUAGGCAAGGACCUGGGGGGCUUUGAUGAGGACGUGGAGCCGCGGCGGAGCCGGAGGAAGCUGAUGGUCAUCUUCUCCAAGGUGGACGUGAACACCGACCGGAAGAUCAGUGCCAAGGAGAUGCAGCGCUGGAUCAUGGAGAAGACGGCCGAGCACUUCCAGGAGGCCAUGGAGGAGAGCAAGACACACUUCCGUGCCGUGGACCCCGAUGGGGACGGCCACGUGUCAUGGGACGAGUAUAAGGUGAAGUUUUUGGCGAGUAAAGGCCAUAGCGAGAAGGAGGUUGCCGACGCCAUCAGGCUCAACGAGGAGCUCAAAGUGGAUGAGGAAACACAGGAAGUCCUGGAGAACCUGAAGGACCGCUGGUACCAGGCAGACAGCCCCCCCGCGGACCUGCUGCUGACGGAGGAGGAGUUCCUGUCGUUCCUCCACCCCGAGCACAGCCGGGGGAUGCUCAGGUUCAUGGUGAAGGAGAUCGUCCGGGACCUGGGUGAGGCUGGGUCCAGCCUGGCUGGUGCGCCAGGGCCCGGGGACCAACGGCAGGGGCCGGGCAUCGCCGGGAAGUCGGGUAAGGUCCUGUGGGAACCCCAGCCUGGGUGUGGGCUGAUCCAUUCCCGUCUCACAGACCAGGACGGUGACAAGCAGCUGUCUCUGCCGGAGUUCGUCUCCCUGCCCGUGGGCACCGUGGAGAACCAGCAGGGCCAGGACAUUGACGACAACUGGGUGAAAGACAGAAAAAAGGAGUUUGAGGAGCUCAUUGACUCCAACCACGACGGCAUCGUGACGGCAGAGGAGCUGGAGAGCUACAUGGACCCCAUGAACGAGUACAACGCCCUGAACGAGGCCAAGCAGAUGAUCGCGGUCGCGGACGAGAACCAGAACCACCACCUGGAGCCCGAGGAGGUGCUCAAGUACAGCGAGUUCUUCACCGGCAGCAAGCUGGUGGACUACGCGCGCAGCGUGCACGAGGAGUUCUGAGCGCCCAGCGCGCCCCGCGCCGCCCCCCGCGCACCACCAGAGCGGCCCCGGGGGUGACUCCAGGCUCCGUGGCUGUCCCGGACCCCAGCCCCUCCCUGCCACCCGCCACCGGCCGACCGUGGCCGCCCCAGUUGAUCAGCGACGAGUCCCCCCACAGCGCGCACCCCCGCGAGGCUCAGCGAGGCGUCCCCACCGCGGCACACACCCCGGCGAGGCUUCUGCUGUGAUGCGGCCGGGGUGCGGGGCUGGGCUGCGGCUCCGCGGCGCCUCCUCCUCCCUGGUCCCUCGAAAUCGCUGCAUCUCACUUCUGAGAACGAAAUCUCGCUUCAGUCACUGUGCCGAAGGCGCUGACCGCAUCGCGGCCGGAACCUCUGGGCCCGGCCCCUCCCAGGGCCACCGCUCCGUGGGAAAUAACAGCUUCUCCGUUUCCUUGAAAACUGAACGAUUAUUAAAAAUAGAUUAAACUUCGCUGGAAAUGAGUAGCCACGAAGUUCAGGGGAGGGCGCCUGGUCCUUCCCGGGCCUGGCAGGUUGGAGCCACCCAGGUCCCACAGCUGCCGCGGAGAAAACGCGAAUAUUUGUUGUGAUAAGAAUCACAUUAAUUUACUGUAAACAUAGUUGCCUUUUUGGUCAGCUUCA